AUGGACCUGCCCUCUCUUCUCCUGUGUAUACUGCUGGAAAUCUUGGCCGUGAGCUGUCAAGAGCUCAUCCAAGGACGUAUAGUGGGAGGAUAUUCACCAGCUCCACAUUCAAUCAAGUACAUUGUCUCAAUCCAGACAACCAGGGGUCAACACUUCUGUGGAGGCUCCUUGGUAAACAAAUACUGGGUGCUCACAGCAGCGCACUGUAAUAUUGGGGCAGAUAAAAUGAUGAUAGUUGCAGGAGACUACUCCCUGAGCAUGUACGAGGGCACAGAGCAGUUCUUCAUCCCCCAUCUUUUGAUACCCCACCCACAGUACAACAGCACCACAAACAACAAUGAUAUUAUGCUUAUCAAGUUGAAAGCACCAGUGUUCCUGAACGGUUAUGUGGCCGUUGCUCCGCUGCCCAGACAGGGCGCCUCCAUAGCAGAGGGCAGAGUGUGCCGGGUGUCAGGCUGGGGUUUCACCAGCUCCAGCGGAGGUCAGAUCCCUUCCUCCCUCCGCACGGUCAAGCUCCCAAUUGUCUCCAUCAAAAAAUGCAACAGCAGUGACUCCUUCAACGGCAACAUCACGGUCAACAUGCUCUGUGCUGGUUACAGUGCUGGUGGAAAAGACGCCUGUAAGGGGGACUCAGGGGGUCCACUAGUAUGUGAAGGCCGAGUCUACGGCCUAGUGUCCUGGGGAAGAGGUUGUGCCGAUGCUCAGUAUCCAGGAGUCUACACCGCUGUGUCAAAAUUUCGACGGUGGAUAGAUCGCACCAUAUUCAGCUACUAUAGCAGGUGUACCAAUUAUUAG